CGAAGACGGAUCCCGCCCCCAGGGGCCAAAAGGCCCGGCAGGCAUCCGCGGGGGCCCUGUACCACGACCUCCUCCGGGACCUCACGGACCACAACCUCUUCUUCGACGAGCUGGUCGACAUGAUCCCCUCGAAGCUCUACAUCGAGGGCCAGUCGGGGGACGACUACAACCCCAAGUACUUCAAGGGCCAGGCCAAGGAGAGCAAGGAGGCCCGCCGGGCCCGGAACAAGCAGUCGAAGCGGGCCAAGUUCGACCCGGCCUCGGCCGAGACGACGACCCAGAUCAAGCAGCGCCUGGAGGGGGGAGCGGGCGUCCCGCAGGCCCCCACCGCUCCGAAGCGUCCCUCCUCGGGMGCGGCAAAGGCGACCGCYGGAACCCCCGACGCCAGGGCCUCCCGCAUCGAGGCCCUGCGGGAGAAGCUCCACGCCAAGCUGGCCGAGAAGCGGGGCAACCGGCCCGUCGACCCGGGCUCGGUCAGCAAGCGGGCGGCCCGCCGGGCCGAGAAGAAGAAGCGCCAGGAGGAGGCCAUCCGACGGAACAAGAAAAAGGCGGCCUCCAGCGCCGAGGCGGGGAGCCACAAGCGGCCGCGGCUCUCGGUCGGGGCCUCCGGGAGCGCCGGGGACGCGGCGUCCGACCUGGCCAUGGUCGACUUUGGACGGCUCUCCGGCCUGAACCCGGUCGGCAACGGGAACUACACCGAGGUCAACAAGGCCCUCAAGAACCUGUCCAAGUCGAAGAACCUCGAGAAGAUGCUGGCCGACGCCGAGUCCAAGAAGAAGCGACUGGAGGAACUGAAGCAGAGCGACAAGCAGGAGGACAAGGAAAAGGCCGCCAGCAUCGAGUGGGGGGACACCCUCCGGGAGGCCACCGGCGAGCGCGUCAAGGACGACCCCGCCAAGAUCAAGAAGGCCCUCAAGCGGAGGGCCGCCAAGAAGCUCAAGUCCUCCAAGGCCUGGAAGACCCGAAUGGAAUCGGCGCAGUCCAAGAUGGACGAGCGGCAGAAGAUCCGGAACCACAACCUCACCAAGCGCAAGCUGGGCGGCAGCGCCGGUGCCAACCUGAGCAGCAAGCGCAUCGAGACCGAGGCGGAGGCCGACGGAAAGAAGAAGACCGGGAGGCGGCUGAGCCGGGCGGGGUUCGAGGGAAAGAAGCAGGACUUUCUGAACAAGAACUAGCGCGCCACCGGCGCCGCUGCCGUGCCCCGCAACCAUCCCGCUCUGUACGGUGCCACGCGACGGCCCGGGCCGGCAGCGRUCCAAUAACGCACCCCAUCCUAA